CCCGUAACUUCGGUCGCUACGGAUGGUUCCUCUCCGGUCGUGCCGGCUCGAUCGUUUUGGUGAUUGUGAUUACUAGACUUGGCAGCAGUAGCACGCUUGGGUGAAAAUUAGUGAACAGUGAAAUUUGAUUAGUUCUUGGAAAGGCAUUGUGAUAUCAAAUCAUUACAAAAUGUCGACCUGCUUUGGCUGCAAGGAGGAGAUCAAGGACAAGAUGCUGGAGGCCUUGGAUAAGUCCUGGCAUCCGGAACAUUUUGCCUGCAAGGAGUGCAAAAAGCGCAUCGUCGAAAACAAAUUCCACGAAAGCGAAGGCCUUCCGGUAUGCUCCAAGUGCUUUGAAUCCAAGUUCCAGGCCAUCUGCGCCGCCUGCCGGAAGAUGGUAACCGAGAAAGUGGUAAAGGCGAUGGGCAAAACCUGGCAUCUGGAGCACUUCAUCUGCGGUGGCCCCUGCAAGCAGCAGCUCUCCGGACAGACUUUCUUUGAGCGCAACGGCAAACCGUACUGCACGACCGAUUACGAGCGGCUGUACGCUCCCAAGUGUGGCGGUUGUAAGAAACCCAUCUCGGAGAAGGCCAUUUCCGCCCUGGAAGGCAAGUGGCACAAGGAAUGCUUCAAGUGCAAGCUCUGUAAGGAACCAAUCGGCGUUGAUUCCAAAUUCCGCUCGGACAAGGAAAAGCAACCCAUCUGCGAAAAGUGUGGAAUCUGAAGGGCGAUGUCGAUUUCAUCUCUCAAUCCUAACCCACUGCAUGUAUAGCUAUAUGAUUUAGGAAAUUCUCUCUCUCUCUUUCUUCACAAUAUCUUUAAACAAGAACAACGAGGUUAACGACAAUGGAAAGCUUCCGACUGCGUGCGCGGUAUUUUAAUUUUUAAUUUGAAUCCGCUUUCAGACCCACAACAUUUGUAUUAAUUCAUCAAUUUGUAUUUAUACGAAAUAAAUGAUUAUCUUUGGUAUGACCUUGGGGUCACUGUAAGUCUUAAA